GCCCGCGGAGCCCGCGGCCAGGGCGGCGCAGACCGGCCCGGCGACUCCCCGGCUGCCUGCGAGCCGGGACGCGGGACGCGCGGCCGCCGCCGAGCCCGCCCUUCCACCCGCGCCCCCGGGGCUCUCCGAGAGAAGGCAGUACCUGCUCGGAGACAACCACAAUUCUGAUUUCUAUUGCCAUGGAUUGGAUUUGCCUGUUCCUGAACUUUCCAUACAUGGGCCGACACAUGGCUUCCACUCUGCGUUUGGUAGGAGAGGAGCCGACCACCCUGGAGGCAUAUCUCUUGCCUCCUCUGCUCUUGGAUAGAACAUCUAUAGCUGCUUCCACGGGGCUGGGAGCCGGGCCUCAAGAAGAGACAAGCAUGGACACCCCCCAGGCCCAGCAUUCUCGGGCAGCACCUUAGGAGAGCCUCCAACCACCACCUUCCACGCAGGGGGGAAGGAGCUGAGAAGUGGGCCCUGAGCCCAGCCCCCUCCCUCCCUGGCCCCUGGUGGGCAUGGACCAGCAGUUGUGAGCAGCCAGAGCUGAUGCCCGGCCCCCAGGGGGCCGGAGGAGCCCCCACCAUGAGCCUGGGCAAGCUCUCACCCGUGGGCUGGGUGUCCAGUUCGCAGGGAAAGAGGCGGCUGACUGCAGACAUGAUCAGCCCUCCGCUGGGGGACUUCCGCCACACCAUGCACGUAGGCCGUGGUGGGGACGUCUUCGGUGACACCUCCUUCCUCAGCAACCAUGGUGGCAGCUCCAGGAGCACCCAUCGCUCACCCCGCAGCUUCCUGGCCAAGAAGCUACAGCAGGUGCGGAGGGUCGGGGUACCACCCCGACGGAUGGCGUCUCCACCCACGCCUUCACCGGCUCCGCCCGCCAUCUCCCCCAUCAUCAAGAACGCCAUCUCCCUGCCCCAGCUCAACCAGGCCGCCUACGACAGCCUCCUGGUGGGCAAGCUCAGCUUCGAUGGCAGCCCUGCUGGCUCCGUGGAUGGCCGCUCUGCUUAUGGCCUGGACUCUGGGUUCUGCACCAUCUCCCGCCUGCCCCGCCCGGAAAAGCCUCGCGAUGGAGACCGCGAUAGCUCCUUCCCGCCGGAGCCCGAGCUGCGCCGCUCUGACUCCCUCUUGUCCUUCCGCCUGGACCUUGACCUUGGGCCCUCUCUCCUCAGCGAGCUGCUAGGGGUCAUGAGCCUCUCAGAAGCCCCAGCAACGGAGACCCCCGCCCCUGCCACAAACCCCCCAGCCCCUGCCGCAAACCCUUCAGCCCCUGCAGCAAACCCUCCAGCCCCCGCCACGAGCCCCCCCAUUCGUGGACGCUGUCCCAAUGGGGUAGCUGCUGGGUUGGGCCCAGUGGCUGAGGUGAGGGCCAGCCCUGUGGGUGAGGGUCCCCGAGUAGCCGCUGACCUGGCUGUCGGCAGGCACUGGGGAGCGGGCCUGGGGGGCAGCCGCCACUGUGCCGAGGGGGAUGCUCGGCGCGAGCUGGCGCCAGUGCUGCCCCAGGCUCGGGCCUCCUGGGAGAGUCUGGAUGAAGAGUGGGCGCCCCGGGCAAGCAGCAGGGCGCCCGUGCCCAGCACAGUACAAGCAAACACCUUCGAGUUUGCUGAUGCUGAGGAGGAUGACGAGGUCAAGGUGUGAGCGGCUGGGGCAUGGGCUCUGGAACCCGCCCGGCCUUGGGGCACCUCCUGUGAAGAGCCCAGGUGCAGAGCCAGCCCCUCCUCACCUAGCAGAGCUGGGUCCUGCCAGACCAGGGAGGGGAGAAGCCAAGUUACCCACAAGCCCCUCCCCGUCUCUGCAGGACAGACAUGGAGGAAGGACAGGGAAGACUCUUGCUCUGCCACCUAGGUGCUCCCGGUGGUCCCUGCCAGGCUGACCACCUCCCCCCACUGCCACUCUGCACCCGGUGGCCAUUCCUUAGGCGCCACCCCCACUGGCUGGAGGGCCCAGCCUCACAGUGCUGCCUUUGUGCCCGACGAAGCUGUCCUUCUUGGGUGGGGGGUGGGGAGUGUACCACACAGGGCCAUUGUCUUGCCUCCCAGAGGGACCGCCUGCCCCCAGCAGCUCGUCCUGGAGCUGCCCCCAGAGGGUCCCUGCUGCACCCCUGAGAUCCCUGUCCCAGGCUGCUUCCCCGGCAUCCCCACCCCAGCCUUGCACUUGUCCAGAACCUUCACGGAAAGGUCAGGUGUGACCUCACAGGGAGGAUCCCACCUUCCCGGGCACCCCAGACCUGCUUUCUGGGACGUGAUUAAAAAAGGCUUUUUUAAUAAAAGGUGUCCUGCAAGAUGCUUGAGGACCUGGUAGAACCGUGUCAGCUCCACUUGCUUAAACACCCUCCCCUUUGGGAAGCCUCGGACCCCCCUCAAGGCCCCCAGCAGGGGAGGGGAGUGGACAGCCUAGGGAGGUAAUAAGUAACCAGGCUGGAAUGCCCCUGAGAUAAGAGGCCCAGGUGGGGGCCCUUAUCAGCAGUUCCGGGAACAGCUCCUGGAGCUGGUGUCUGCCUGUAAUCCCAGCCUGGCAUUUGUUCAGGUGAUAAUAGGGGCCAGGAGACAGGAGCAAGUCCUCAGAGCUGUUGGGAGCAUGUCUCAGCCUUCCCACUUGGCAGUCCUGUGUCCUUGUGCCUCAGUUUCCUCCUCUGCAUCAUGAAUAUGUCAGGAGCAUUAAAAUGCAUGGGAAGCACUAACCAC